AUGCUUUUUGAAUGCUCCCAAGAUCCUGAACAUUCUUGCGGAGUCUCCGAGGGGUCCUGUAUUGAUUUAAAGCUCAUUGAUUGUAAGAGCCGACACAUUGUCAGCAAGCCAUCCUCUACUCACUACGCUGCCCUUAGUUAUAUCUGGGGCGGCACAGAGGCUGCUCUUUCCGAGGAUGGACCCGAUGGGCCGAGGCUUGCAAGCCGAGUCUCUCUUGUCAUCGAAGACGCCAUCAAGGCAGCAUUGUAUCUGGGCUUUCGGUAUCUGUGGGUUGAUCAGUACUGCGUUGAACAGAUAGACAAAGAGUUACAGGAGCGACAGAUUGAACAAAUGCACCAGGUCUACAAUAGUGCAGACGUUACACUAGUAGCAGCUGUAGGUGAUGAUGCGAACUCGGGAUUGGCGGCUGUUUGCCCGUCCUCGGAGGUAGUCACAGAAUAUUUCCGCAAUGACACGUUAUUCCCAUAUGAAAGUAGGUGGGCCACAAGUGGGCUUUCUAGAUCCCUCAGAUGCAUUAGGGAGUCAGUCUGGAACACGCGCGGCUGGACCUACCAAGAGAGUUAUGUUUCACGUCGGGUGAUCAUUUUCCACGGAUAUGGGAUUUACUUUGAAUGCCUUUAUGUAGAGUCAGUUUUGAACCAGUUCCGUAUUCUGGGAGGAACCGGUGCCGAUCAGGGCAUUGAAAAUGGACCUAGAAUGCGCAAUUUCGCAAAGUAUCGUCGGGGGGACGUGAUGUUCUGGUUGACGCAGUCCAUCGUUGAAUACUCACAAAGAACGCUCAGAUACCAGAAUGACACGAUCAGAGCUUUCUCGGCCAUUCUACAGGACUUUGAAGGAAACAUGUCUGUGCCUUUUCACGACGAAGAUUAUAGGAAUCCAUAUUUUGGUUUCUACAACUAUGAGAGUCCUUGGCGUAUUGUAACAGUUCAAGGAGUCCCAUUUUAUGAGAGGUUGCCGCCCUCCCCAAUAUAUUCAUCUGCUAUUCCUUCCCAUCUAUGGCUACCAGGUGAUAGACUGAACACGACAGGACUUUGUUGGCACUACGAUCAUUGCACCGGCGGUGAUAAUGCAAGUUCGCGCAAACCAAAUUUUCCAUCUUGGUCAUGGGCGGGAUGGACCUGUCCAAUCAAAUGGAGGAUUCCAAAGUUACGUUCUCCAUAUGGAUCUCGAGGAAAUCAGACAGGCACAAUCUUUCACCUUGAGGAUAUGGGAUUCAUCGAGAAGUUAGAGAGUUCCCAGGGACUGGAAAUUAAUGAGGCAAAGCAAGCACAACACGCGUUGCUGUGUUUUUCUUCUGUUUCCUUCCCCGCCGAAGCUUUCCUCGCCGAAGAUUUCCUUGUGGUAGACCCAGGAAAGCAAGCAGAUCACAUGAUCUGCCUAUAUGAAUACAUCAUAGCAUGGCCCAAGGAGGGCUACCUCUGCUACUCCGAGGGCCUCUCAGCCGUUCUCGAGGGAUUGCAGCAGGGCACACACAGACUGGUGCUGCUUAAUGUCCACUUUACAGCUUACUUUAUAGAGUUUCAGGCAUGGAUGCUCCUUGAAGACACCAAAUUGGAGAGAUUUAAUAUAUGCUAA